AUACGAACGUUCUGAUCUUUCCUUUCGAAAUUUUGAUCGUUACGUUCAGUUUGGUUCAUCAUGAACUCAGAAGCUAUAAUUCGGAAGAAAUGGGUCGUCGUUGGCGAUGGAUGUUGCGGCAAAACAUGCCUACUUAGAGUCUUUUGCAAAGAUCAGUUCCCAGAUGUGUACAUUCCAACAGUUUUCGAAAACUACGUGGCCGGCAUUGAAGUAGAUGAAAAGAUUGUAGAACUGGCUCUCUGGGAUACGGCCGGUCAAGAAGGAUACGACAGACUUCGACCUCUUUCGUAUCGAGAUACCAACGUGAUCCUGAUAUGUUUCAGCAUUGACUGCCCGGAUAGUCUGGAGAAUAUCUCUGAAAAGUGGAAUCCAGAGGUAAAGCAUUUUUGUCCCGAUGUUCCAGUCAUUGUGGUGGGUAACAAGAAAGACGUCAGGAAUCGCAACGAGUUGUCAAGCUUCUUAGGCAAGCAAGUGACCUUUGGGGAAGGAUAUGGAAUGGCUCAGAAGAUUGGGGCCUACGGUUAUGCCGAAUGUUCAGCAAAAACCAAAGAAGGCGUCAGGGAUUUGUUUGAGAUGGCUGCUCGGGCUGCGAUGUACGGAAGACGGAGAAGGCAUUUUUGUUGCUUGUUUUGACAAGAAUCGCCUUUUUAUGUCCUAAAGUGGCUACUUAGCGAAGAGACCGAUCAUUCAUCGAAUUUCAGAAUUUGGUUGCUAAUUUUGCUUCGAUUGAAGUUUACUUUUAAAAAUCAAAUAUCCAUUUCUGUUAAACAGAUAACAUCUGUUUUAUCUUCAAACUAGUAUUUAUAUUUCAUUUAUCAUGCGAAGAAGGUGUUAAGGACUGAGUAAUCAAAGAAAAUUUAUGAUAUGUAUCGCUAUGAAAUCUGAAGUUUCAUUUUUAAUGAGUAUUUUAGAGAUUAAAGUUGCA